UACUCACGCCAUCGAAGCUUCUUCUUGACCUUCAACACUGCAACUUGCUUCUCGGCGAUGAAACCGCCGCCGUGACCUGCCCACGCGCGCCGUCGAAACGACUCUCUCUUUCUUCUCUUCUCUUCUCUUCCCGCUGCAGUCCCCAGUUUCUAUGGCGUCAAGCUGCUGAAGUUGGCGUUUUUAUCAUCAUGAUCUGCACAAGUUCUGCUCUUUUUCUUCGAUUCUUCAGGAGCUGAAUAAUUAUUAUCGAUGAUGGCACAACCUUCUGUGAUACUUGCGACUGGUAGCUAUGAUCACACAAUCAGGUUCUGGGAAGCAAAGAGCGGUCGAUGUUACCGUACAAUUCAGGUCCAAGAAUCGCAAGUCAAUAGGCUUGAGAUAACCCCGGAUAAGCGCUAUCUGGCUGCAGCUGGGAAUCCUCACAUUCGGUUAUAUGAUGUCAAUUCUAACAGCCCUCAACCAGUGAUGAGUUAUGAUUCACAUACAAAUAAUGUUAUGGCAGUGGGAUUUCAAUGUGAUGGAAACUGGAUGUAUUCAGGAUCGGAAGAUGGCACAGUAAAGAUUUGGGACUUGAGGGCUCCAGGUUGUCAGAGGGAAUAUGAGAGUCGUGCUGCUGUGAACACCGUUGUUUUACACCCGAAUCAGACAGAACUGAUAUCUGGGGACCAAAAUGGGAACAUUCGGGUUUGGGAUUUGACAGCUAACUCAUGCAGUUGCGAAUUGGUUCCUGAAGUGGAUACAGCUGUAAGGUCACUGACAGUUAUGUGGGAUGGAAGCUUGGUAGUUGCUGCUAACAAUCAUGGAACCUGCUACGUUUGGCGGUUGUUACGAGGAACCCAAACAAUGACCAACUUCGAGCCGCUCCAUAAACUACAAGCUCAUAAUGGAUACAUCCUCAAAUGUCUCUUGUCCCCCGAGUUCUGUGAACCUCACCGGUAUCUGGCCACUGCAUCAUCAGAUCAUACUGUCAAGAUAUGGAAUGUCGAUGGUUUCACUCUAGAGAAGACUUUAACAGGUCAUCAACGCUGGGUAUGGGACUGUGUUUUCUCUGUGGAUGGUGCUUACCUUAUAACAGCAUCUUCUGAUUCAACGGCGAGACUCUGGUCAAUGUCAACUGGUGAAGACAUCAGAGUGUAUCAAGGCCAUCACAAAGCAACUGUCUGCUGUGCCCUUCAUGAUGGCGCAGAGCCAUCUGCAGCCUAAAACAAUUCAUCAUACCCUAUGUCUUGUCGCCCUGAAUCCUUGCAGCGUGCCUCUGUUCGAUAUUAAUUGCUGAGCAACAUGUUCAUCCAUUGCUACACUGAUCAGUUUUUCCUGAUGUGUACAUAGCUCUCUGCUCUCCUGAAACAUCCCCUUCAAUUUAAGUAUGGACUUCCCAUUUUUAGGCUGGAUAUGCAAUUCCUAGAUGAAUCCGUUGCACGAAGGAUUAUCGAUUCGACACGACUCGUUAAUUAUUCAGCCAUGUCUGCUGCUCUGUUCCAGUACUCAUUUUAAGAGGCACGUGAAUCCUGAUGCAAUUUAGAACUCGAAAUAUGAUAAUCAUCAUACUUAUGGGGAAAUUUUAAUACAAUUAAAGAAAAUAAUUACUAAUUAUACACACUUCACUUUUCCUCUCCAGUAAAGCAACGUAAUCAUGCAUGAACACGGGAAUUCUAGCUGGCUAGCUAGCUGCUGUUAGAACUACAAUAUAAACUGCAGAAAAUGCUCUGAUACCUCCACACACAAAUCAAACAUACUGUAAAAGAAAGCUAAACAGAGUAUACCACAAUGUCGAAUUCCUGCUGCUUCGUCGCAAUCCAGCUGAUCGUACUGCUUCUCCUGGUAAUGUAUUUCAGAUCUUCCAGACACUCUGUUUCCUAUACAUCUUGAGAUAACAUUGAUCCACGAUCUUACGUGUUAUUAUUAGAUCGCUGCCUGCCGAGACACGAAUGCAAGAAAAGAUAUUGGAGAGUUCAGGAAGAGCGCGGUGAAGGAUCAAUUGAGCGACGAGCUACUACUAACGACGAAGGCGUUCGAAAUCUCUCCCGCCAAAACAGAGUAUCUUGAUGCAGAGCAGCACUCGACAGCCGAGGAAUUCGAGGCGGAGCUGAACCCAUUUGCGGAGAACAAUCAGGAAGAGAAUGAGUUGUUUCCCGAUGGUUUCCAGUUGCCGGAGAACAACAAGGAGGGAAAGGAGUUGUCAUCCAUGGACUUCAACCCGCCGCCACCCCCUGUUUUUUACAGUAUGCUCAACCCAUCUACAGAGAAGAAUGACGAGGAGGAUGAUUUGUUUUCCGAGAACUUCCAGCCGCCGGUCAGUUUAAUGCAUCCCCUGGUGCAUGUUUGAUGAGAAAUAAACAGUUGUUUUCCAGAAUUUCCAGCCGCUACUUUGGUGUAAUCUUUUGUCAAAAUCUAUGGAUGAGGUG